AUGAGCCCCAGAUAUGUAAAACGCAUGAAACAGGCGAUGAAAGACAUAAAUCUAGUUCUGGUGUGGAAUAAUUUUGAAGAUGUUGAUUCUCUACCUUCAAUAUUACCUUAAGUGAUUUUUUUGUUUAAUUAGUCAAUAUUUUUUAAAAAAGUUAUCUUUUACAUUAACCUAUUCUUAAUUUAAAGACUUAUUUAGUAACAAUGUGAAAAUUAGCUACGUAAGUUUUGAAUUUCAUAUUCAAAUUGACUGAAAGCCUAGUGUUAUUUAGAAUUUUGUUAUUUUUAAAUUAUGAUAAACAAUGUUUUGAAUAAUAUCAGAAGGUAAUAUCUUAUGAUAUUUCAUUUUUGAAAUUAUGUAUUUACUGUAUACAAUUUUCUUGUAAAUAUGUAAAUGUUAGUGUAUUGAAUAUAUUAAAGUUUUAAUACAUUAAAGUCUAAUUUUUUGAGCUUAUGUUGUUAAACCAAGUUUAAUUUAACUUUAAGUGUGCAAUUUGAUAAAAAUAUGUUUAAUUUUGUUGAAAUAUUUAUUUUUAACACAUAUGUAUAACAUAUUUUGUACAUAUGUAAAUGUUUGUUAACUAUUAUUUCAAGUAAAUAUGUUUAUUCUGGAUCUUUAUACUUUAUAUCAUUUGGCCUUUUCCAAUAAAAGAAAUAUAGUUCUGCUUACAACCUAUGCAAUUAUAGAAUAUAUUAGCUAAAGUUUUAGAAAUUUUUUUAUCAUUCUUAUGCACCAAAUUUUGUUGCACUUUCAAAUAUAAGCGUAUUUUAAAAAUAUAAAUUAACAUAAUCCAUUUAAUGAUUCUGAUUAGAAAAAGGAUUAUUUAAAUGAAGGAAAUGAUAACAUUGAUAAUAAAGAAUUGAAAGUAUAAACCUAAAGUUUUCAAAAAUUAAAUGUAUGUACAUGCAAAAAACUAUGUUUUUCCUUAAAUUGACCCACUUUAAAUCAGUAUUACAAACCUGAAAGUAACUAUUAUACUAAAUAACAAAUAUACGCAUACUAAAUAUCUAAUAUGUACAGAUGUGAAUAAAAAGAC